GCACGCAGGUUUCCUCCGCCCACAGAACAGAAAUCAGCAUUUCGAAAAAAAGAUCUCAUCUUUCUUUCCUGUUCAACCGGAGCGGCGAGCGGCGGAAGCGAUGGCGUCGGCAGCUGGGGAGGACACGGUGCGGGCGUCGCACAUCCUGAUCAAGCACGAGGGUUCCCGCCGCAAGGCGUCCUGGAAGGACCCCGAGGGCCGGGUCAUCUCCGCCACCACGCGCGCCGACGCCGCCGCGCGCCUCGGGGAGCUCCGCGACCAGAUCCUCUCCGGCCGGGGCUCCUUCGCCGACCUCGCCGCGCAGCACUCCGACUGCUCCUCCGCCCGCCGCGGCGGCGACCUAGGCACCUUUGGGAGGAGGCAGAUGCAGAAGCCCUUCGAGGAUGCCACAUACGCGCUCAAGGUGGGUGAGAUCAGUGACAUCAUCGACACCGAGAGUGGCGUCCACAUCAUCCUUCGGACCGCCUGAGGUGAAGCCUUCACGUCUCAGCAACUGGGUGUCCCUUCUACCAGGGCAUGUGCCGCUUCUGUCCGGCAGCCUGAAACUUGAAUGGAGAAAAUGUCCUGUAUUGUCUAACACGUUUGCUCUGAGCCUUAUAACCAUUUGAGCUUGUUGCCCACAUCAUUGCUCGUUAACGUUUGAGCCUUUGAGCUUUUGACGUAAUGGUAUGUUUUAUCUUUUUGUGUA